AUGUCCCUCCAAACACCCCUAUGUAGCCUCCUUAAAAUCCAACACCCCGUCCUCCUGGCCGGCAUGGCUCGCGCCUCCGGCGCCCCCCUCGCAGCAGCCGUCUCCAACGCCGGCGGCCUCGGCGUCAUAGGCGGACUCGGCUACACGCCGGAACAACUAUCAGAGAUGCUCACCGAGCUCAAGUCCCUCCUCAGAGACCCAAACUUGCCAUUCGGCGUGGACCUGGCCCUGCCCCAGGUUGGCGGUGGCGCGCGAGCCACCAACCACGAUUACACCCACGGCCAGCUAGACGAGCUGAUCGAGGUGACGAUCUCGCACGGCGCGAAGCUCUUCGUUUCCGCUGUCGGUGUUCCCCCCGAGAAGACCGUUAAGCAGCUGCAUGAGGCUGGGAUUCUGGUUAUGAAUAUGGUUGGUGCGCCGAAGCAUGCGGAGAAGGCGUUCCAGCGGGGUGUGGAUAUUGUGUGUGCGCAGGGUGGAGAAGGUGGUGGUCAUACUGGUGAUAUUCCCUUCUCGGUCCUGGUCCCUGCCGUUGUUGACGUGGCGCGGAAAUAUCGCAGUCCAUUGACAGGACAGCCGGCGCUAGUGGUUGCUGCGGGUGGUAUUAAUGAUGGUCGGAGUCUGGCUGCGUCGCUCAUGCUGGGUGCGGCUGGUGUUUGGGUUGGAACGCGAUUUGUCGCGUCCGAGGAGAGUGGUGCGAGCCGUUUGCACAAGGAGGCUGUUGUCGGGGCGCAAUAUGGCGAGACUCGUCGGACGCUGGUUGUUUCUGGGCGACCUUUGCGCAUGUUGCCUAAUGACUAUGUUAAGGAGUGGGAGAGUCGACCUGCUGAUAUUGCGGCGUUGACUGCCAAGGGUGUUGUGCCCAUGAUGCAUGAUCUGGAGAAUGAGAAGGAUAUCGACAUGCCUUUCCUGAUGGGCGAUGUGUCGGCUAGUGUUAAGGAGAUUAAGCCGGCUGGUGUCAUCGUGAAAGAGAUGGUGGAGCAGGCUGUGGAUGUCUUGAAGACAGGCAAUGGAUAUAUCACGGGGAACCAUUCGAGUAAACUAUAG